AUGGAACAAAAAUCAUACUCCAUCGUAUUCAUUAAAUUUUCUGCAUUUAUUUUUUUAACUUGGAUAUGUUAUAUUAGUUGUGAAGUGAACAAGUUUACAGAAUCAUUCAGUGUUAACAGUAAAAUUAGAAUAAAAUUAGAUGCAAGAAUACAUCGAUUACUGGCAAAGUAUAAGCAGAAUAGGGAUUCAUAUAUUGUAGAGCUAAAUGAUGUUAUGCCAAAUAGAGCUGAAUACGAAAAAAAAAAUAUAUCUAAUAAUAAAGAAGGAACCAAAGGAAAAAACAAAGAAUACUAUAAAAGCUCAUUAAAUAAGGCACAAUUCUACACAGAAGUUAUGGAUUAUAAUAAUGUAAUGUUUGAUGGAAAGCAUUUUCAUUUUGAAAAAAAAUUUAUCAGAAAAAAAGAUUAUGAUGAUUUUCUUCAAAAUAGCAGAAGAAUCCAUGACAUAGAUUUAAAAAAAAUAAAAUUUAGAAGUUAUAGUUUUGGAGUUAUUAUAUUUAUACUUUUUUGCUUGUUGGGAAUAGGGUUGCCUAUAUUACGUGCAUUAGAUAUGGGUGAGCAACCAAUAUUUGCAUCAUUUACUAGUUUGUGGAAUCUUAUAAAAGGAAAUCUAGGAGAUCAAAUAGGAAGUUUAGGAGUAGAAUUUCUUUAUGGAAUAUUAUUUUGCUUCAGCAUUUUAAUGCUAGCUGUCAUAAGUAUAAUUACAAUCCCCAAAAUCUUAAGAAAUAAUGAGAAAUACAAAAAAAUUAAGUUGCUAUCUAAUUAA